GGUAAGAAUGAUUCAGUGCUGUCAUCGCUUGUUUACUCGUAGCGGUGUUUUGCUCAGACAGCAGUGUGGGCUUAGUUCAGCUGCCUACAGCAGCUCCCAAAAUAACGUAUUUCGUAUAUUAACGUUGUUGGUAACUAUUUAAUUUUGCUGGUUGUGGCUAAGUCGUUUGUUAUUGUCGGGCCUGAAUUGAAUGGCUGUCAGUGCUUUAGCUCUCAGCUAGCGCUAACCUUCCAGCGCUCCUCAAAUUCAACAGAUUCAGAGACAACACGCUCAAACAUGUCGUGUACGUGUGCUUCAGCGGCAAGAAAACUCAUAAAUUCAGCUCAUAAAGGAAUAUCGGGCUCCAGGGUCCAGUUGCUGUUGCUGAGCCGCCUGGGGAGUCAUGAGGUCCGUCUGGUGCGCCCCGUCCCUGUGAGGUCCUUCUCAGAGACGACCGUGUAUUACGCCUCAAAAGAUGGGAUGAAAGAUGGAGACGGGGGAAAGAAAUCAGUUGGUGAAGGAAGUGGAAAAAGAACCAGCUCUAGCAAUUCCGGCAAAGGAGGAAGUCAGCUGAGGUGCCCCAAAUGUGGAGAUCCUUGCACGCAUGUAGAAACAUUUGUUUCAUCAACUCGCUUUGUGAAAUGUGAAAAAUGCCACCACUUUUUUGUGGUGCUUUCAGAAACUGACACUAAGAAGAGUUUGAGUAAAGACCCAGAGUCUGCAGCAGAAGCCGUGAAGCUGGCUUUCCAGCAGAAGCCCCCUCCGCCACCCAAAAAGAUCUUUGCUUAUCUCGAUAAAUACGUUGUGGGUCAGGAUCAUGCUAAGAAGGUUCUGUCGGUGGCCGUGUACAAUCAUUAUAAACGCAUCUACAACAACAUGCCGGCAGGCUCCAGGCAGCAGCAGGUGGAGGUGGAGAAACAGGCCUCGCUGACUCCUCGAGAGCUAGAGCUAAGACGCCGGGAGGAUGAAUACAGGUUUACAAAGCUGCUGCAGAUCGCAGGGAUCAGUCCUCACGGAAACGCUCUGGGUGCCUCCAUGCAGCAGCAGCUGAACCAGCAGACGCCUCCAGAGAAGAGAGGAGGAGAAGUGCUGGACUCCACGCAUGCUGACAUCAAACUAGAAAAGAGCAACAUAGUGCUGCUGGGUCCCACCGGCUCGGGGAAAACCCUUCUGGCCCAAACGCUGGCCAAAUGCCUGGAUGUUCCCUUUGCAAUCUGUGACUGCACCACCCUCACUCAGGCAGGGUACGUGGGAGAGGACAUCGAGUCAGUCAUCGCAAAGCUCCUGCAGGACGCCAACUAUGUGAUCGAGAAAGCUCAGCAAGGCAUCGUGUUUUUGGACGAAGUGGACAAGAUAGGCAGCGUACCUGGGAUCCAUCAGCUGAGGGAUGUGGGAGGAGAGGGAGUGCAGCAGGGCUUACUGAAGCUACUGGAGGGCACUAUUGUUAAUGUUCCUGAGAAGAACACGAGGAAACUGAGAGGUGAAACUGUCCAAGUUGACACCACCAACAUCCUGUUUGUAGCAUCGGGAGCGUUCAAUGGCCUUGAUCGUAUCAUCAGCAGGAGAAAGAAUGAGAAGUACCUUGGGUUUGGAACGCCGUCUAACAUGGGAAAAGGUCGAAGGGCGGCUGCGGCGGCUGACCUCGCUAACACCACGGGUGGAGAGGUGGACGCGGUGGCCGAGAUCGAGGAGAAGGACCGGCUUCUGAAACACGUGGAGGCCAGAGACCUGAUUGAGUUCGGCAUGAUCCCUGAGUUUGUGGGCCGUCUUCCUGUUGUGGUUCCCCUGCACAGUCUGGAUGAGGAGACGCUGGUGCGGAUCCUCACAGAGCCACGCAAUGCUGUUGUGCCUCAGUAUCAGGCCCUCUUCAGCAUGGACAAGUGUGAUCUCAACAUGUCACCUGAUGCCCUGAGAGCGAUUGCCAGACUGGCUCUGGAGCGGAAAACCGGAGCACGUGGGCUUAGAUCCAUAAUGGAAAAACUGCUGCUAGAUCCCAUGUUUGAGGUUCCACAUUCAGAUAUUGUGGCCGUGGAAGUGAACAAGGAAGUAGUCGAAGGAAAAGCACAACCUCAGUACAUGAGAGCUGCGGCUAAAGACUCGUCUGAGGAGGAAUACGACUCUGGAAUCGAAGACGAGAACUGGACGAGACAGGCCGACGCCGCCAAGAACUAAAAUCUACAAACCCGGUUCAUUUCUUUAUCUGAUUGUUUGCCUCCUUGGUUCUCCUGAGGGUCCAUUUCUCACCGUAAUGCUUGUGAUGAAACCUCUUUGACAGCAUCCCGAAUCCGCUCUCACUUAGAGAAACGUGUUAAGCCAAGUCAACCAAAUAGUCCCCCCGACGCUUUCCUCGUGAAGAGAUUAACAGUAUGCGAAAUGCAAAAAGAGUUUUAUUUUAUUCCUAUUAACUUGAUCCUGCGAGUGAUUUUACGAACCGCCUGAUCGAACGCCAAACAGAAAGUGAGGAGGGCUUGUACCGAUGUGUGUUUGACUUCAGAUUCCCGGUCUCUCUCUCCGCCCUGCUUGAAAUAAAAUUACACUUUUUGUGUCACACUGGUCCCGUACUGGUUGUAUUGAUAUAAAUACAGUUCCUUAACAGCUAUAUCGGUGCAUAAACUAAACCUAAAAUAUCCCAUGUGCCCAUUGUAAAUUAGUUUUCGUAGCUGAACUACAUGUAUAAUAAUUAGAAUGUAUUUUAUUAAGGCCUGUUGAAUUCAGUUAGGCCUCUGAAUGAGAUUACUUGGGGUUUUUUUUUUUUUCUUUCAAUCAAUGCUAUGGGAUUUUUACGUCAUUUUUGCUGCUAUUUGCGUAAUGAUAAGGGUCAAUAAAAUCAGUAACGGACUGGAAUUGUAUCGAACUGUAUCAAUGUGCUCUCAUGAUUUCUGUUGUUAUUCACAAAGUGGCCCAGUGAUGGUGGAUUUAUUUUUAUUGGCCGAGUAACUUUGGUGGUCUUUGAGAAAGUGCAUCAGUAAGUGACCUCUCCCAGUGUCAUUCAUUUUAAAUCGCUUAACAGAAAUAGCUUUUUUUUUUUUUGCAUUUCAUUUUGGGGCGAAUGGGCGUUGUUUGUUACAGAAUAAACUCUAUUAAGUUGGAAGUGGGAAGGGGUUUCUUUUUUUUUUUUUGUGUAGAGAGAGUAGAAACCAUGUAUGUUUUUGAUCCUCACACUUCAAGUCAUAUAUGUACAAAACCAAUGUAUGUAGAAAUAAACUGUAAAUAUUCUCACUGA